AUGUCUUAUGUUGGCAACCUUGUUGGAAAUCAGUGGCAGCAAUACUCCAAUGACGCUGGUCAGAUGUACUAUGUCGAAGUGACCACCGGAGCAACCCAGUACGCUAUACCCUCAGGCUGGGAGGAUCAGGCUGGUGACAACUGGAAUCACUCUGCAGCACACCAGCAAUGGAUAAACACACGCACCGGCAGGAUCAUCUUUGAAAACCCGAACCCUCCGCCUGCUCGGACAUACCUUGAAAAAAGGAAUGUCAUGGCCCAUCUCCAAACAGUGGAGAGAAAACCCGGUGCAGACGAGUCCACAUAUCGAAAUGUAACAACUGGCAUUCUCCGAUGGCUCUUUCCAGAAGAUGAGGGUUUCGAUGUCGUCCAGAACCGUCACAGCGGAAACGGUAUCAUUGAUGACGUCGUGUUCAAAGUUGAAUGCAUACAAGGUCCUCCGUUCGACGCGUACGACUUCUUGAUAGUGGAGUGCAUUGUGGGAAUACGAAAAACGAAAGCAAAAAGGUCUAUGCAAUGGUUCAAGUUGGCAUGA